AUGAUGACAGUCAAUAUUGAUAUUGAAGAUGGUCUAGUCAAUGGUGCUUGUGGAAAAUUAAUAAUGAUUGAUUAUGGAAAACUUCAAAAGACUAAUGAGACAGUAUCAUGUAGACUAUGGAUUAAAUUUAAUGAAGAGAAAACUGGGAGAAAAACUAGAGCUAAUUUUCAAAAUGUAAUGCGAAAUAGAAAUAUUGAUCUCAGUCUCACGCCAAUUGAACCAGUAACACGGCAAAUAAAUACAAGGUCAACAAAUUUCAAAGUAGAACGUAAACAGUUCCCAGUAGUUCCUUGUGAAGCUAUGACCAUAUACAAAAGUCAAUGUGAUACUUACGAAAAAGUCGUUGUCAAUCUGAAGAAGGGGAUGACAAGAUCUGAAUUAUACGUCGCUUCUAGUCGCGCGACAAAAGCAAGUGGUUUAUAUUUAGUUGGCGACUUUGUUCCACCAAAACCACCUGAAAGUAAUGAUGCAGCAGCGAUGAUGUUCAAAAACAUGAGAUCUGAGCGAAUGCUGAAAUUUUCACUUGAAUUUCCUGAAGAGUCUCAAGAAAGAUUCUAUUUAAUGUUUCAUAAUGAAAAAAACCAUAUUGAAUACUCUUCAAUAAAAAUUGAUGAUUUUUGUAUCAUUUCUAUUUACAAUUCACCAAAUUCGUCAUUUGAUGUCGUAAAACGACAUAUUAAUGAAGUGAUUACUGUUUCCAAACGAUUUUGUGAAAAUAUAGUUAUUGUUGGUGAUUUUAAUCCAGAUUUAAAGAUAAAAACUAAUCACAAAUUUAUUGACUAUAUGGAAUCAUUCGGACUCACUUUAAUUAAUGAAUUAAAUAAAAAUUCAACUAAUGCUAAAACACAGAUCGACUAUUGUUUUACUAAUGGGAAUGGUUUGAAAUCUGAUUAUUUUGAAAGUCUAACAAGUUUUCAUAAACCAAUAUGGAUAAGAAAGCGUGAAAUUUUGACUGAAAUUCAUGUUGAUGAAAUUAAACAAAUUCGUAGAGAUAUACCUUUUAAUCUGAAAGAUCUUAGAAUUUAUGAUCAGUCUGAUAUGAUGGAAGUCGACGAGGAAUUUUCUUCCGAUCGUUAUAAAAUAGUUGAUGAAAACGAACAAACUGAUAUAGAUACGACUUUUAAUCUUAAAAUUCUUGAUCACUUUCUUCUUGUACUUGAUUUUAAUAUUACUACAGAUACUGAUCAAAUUUCAAAUCAAGUUCAAAUAAUCAAUGAUUUGAUUGGAAAAUCACCAUUUAUAAGUAUGCAUAAUAAAGAUCAAUCCGUCCAGUUAAAAUCGAAAACAGAAUAUUCUGUUCAAGCAUUUGAUUCAGUUUAUGCUAGAACUCGUACAACUGCAGAUGGCAAUUGUUUAUAUAGUUCUCUUUCGAUAAUAAAUAUUGGGUCAGAAAAACUAACACAUUCAAUGAUAUUAUUAGCAGUCAAUGCAAUGAUUAAUAAUAGCGAUUAUUUCCAAACACUUUGUAAAGGCGGAGAAGUUCAAAUCCAAGCAUUUUCUAUAGCUCUAUCUCAUCCUAUCUAUUCAUACAUCCAAUUUGACAACAAUCCAAAAAAUAGACAUUACAUUCCAUUGAAUAUUAGUGUACAGGAAUUAAUCGAUCGAUUUAAUAAAGAAACAGCAGGUGGUCAUUUAAAAUAUAUAGGAUACAAAGCCGAUAUGAAUAAAUUAGGAUUUUGUAUUUAUUACAACGGUACUCAUUAUGAUGCUCUUUUACCUUUUCAAGAUAAUCCUCAACAAUUUGUACCACAUUUUGACUUGAUUAAUAUGAGUUUAUAA